GAGUUUAGUCUAUAGACUCAUCUCAAAGUCUUAUCAAUCAACCGCCAAAAAAAAGCAUCUUCUUCUUCUCUCUCUCUUUCUCUCAUCGAUUUACGCUUUGCCAUUUUUGAAAUCUUUGCUCCCUUCUUCUCUACAUUUUGGGGUUUCUCAGAUUCACAAGCUUGCGAGUUCGAUUUUCGGUUUAGUGAACGAGAGAAUUAGAUUUGGUUCUUUAGGAAUGUCGAUGGUUUGAGGAAGAAGCUGAAAGGGGAUUUUUUUGAGCGUUUUCGAUCCGGCGGAGUUUGUUUUCCUUUUUAGCGGCGGAGAUGAGCGCGUCAAGGUUCAUAAAGUGUGUGACCGUCGGAGAUGGUGCCGUCGGAAAAACUUGCAUGCUGAUUUCUUACACGAGCAACACUUUUCCCACAGAUUAUGUUCCAACUGUUUUCGACAACUUCAGUGCUAAUGUGGUUGUAGACGGCAACACAGUCAAUCUUGGAUUGUGGGACACAGCCGGUCAAGAAGACUACAACAGGCUACGACCUCUGAGUUACCGUGGUGCAGAUGUUUUCAUCCUUGCUUUCUCUCUGAUCAGCAAGGCUAGCUAUGAGAAUAUUGCCAAGAAGUGGAUUCCUGAGCUCAGGCAUUAUGCUCCCGGUGUUCCCAUUAUCCUCGUUGGAACAAAACUUGACCUUCGAGAUGACAAACAAUUCUUCAUAGAUCAUCCGGGUGCAGUACCGAUUACUACAAAUCAGGGAGAGGAAUUGAAGAAACUGAUUGGAUCUGCGGUCUACAUUGAAUGUAGUUCGAAGACACAGCAGAAUGUGAAGGCAGUGUUUGAUGCAGCCAUAAAAGUGGUGCUUCAGCCACCGAAGCAGAAGAAGAAGAAAAAGAACAAGAAUCGUUGCGCGUUCUUGUGAUGAAAAUAUCUCUUAAGACUAGGUAAACAACUAAAAGAAAGAAGAUGAUUUGGACUAUUUGAUUCGUCCCCAUUUUAAUAUGAUAAUUCCGACGUGAAGGAGACAUUUCGAGUAGCUUUUUGUAUAGUUGCUAAAACAAGCUGUGUUGUUGUGUCUUUUACUCUUUGCUGGUGAAUCUUUUGGGUUCACAGUGUGUACUACUCUUGCUAUGUAGACUAAUCUCUCUCUUCUCUUUUGUUCUUGAUGGGGAUCAUUUGUAUUGACAUAUGAAUCUAAUUAAUAUU